AUGCAAUCUGCUUCUCAGUUUGAGUUGCCCAUAACGAGGCUUCCCUGGGAUUUGCUCAAGAACACGACUUAUCAGCACGAUGCACCGGAAGGCUAUACGCCUGCCUUCCAGAUGUCGCCCGAGCCGCAUGACCACAGGAGGAACGACUAUAAGGACAGUGACUACUGCGUUACGACGCUCCCUCAACCGUACACGUAUGCGCUCGAACGUGACGGGAAGGCGGAGUGCAUGUGUACGGGGUGGUUCAAGCGUAUGGUCUUGUCCACGCCGGGGUUCCCGUCGCCUAUUGCACAUCCUCCCAAGGUCAUGUAUGAAGUGAGGGAGACGGAUAGUGGCGGGCGUGGGGUGUUCGCUACGGAGGAUAUCAAAGCGGGCGACCUUGUCCUCGCUGAACGGCCACUGCUCAUCAAGAAUGGGUGGAUGUCUGCACGCCAUGACGAGGAUAUGAGCGACGAAGCUGUCCAGAGAGCAACGUUUGUGGAUCUGGAGAAAACCCUUGAGAUGAUCUGCAUGCGCAUGUCGCCUGACAUACUGGAGAUCUACGAGUCAUUGCCCAACGUAUUCAAGACGGACGGCUCGGGUCCGCUCACUGGGAUCUAUCGCUCGAACAGCCGCGAUCUCGGUAUUGAGGAUCCCGAGGGUGAAAGAGUCCCUGGCGGGAAGAAGGGCAUAGGACGCUACGUGUGCAUCGGCGCGCUCACGUCGAGGUUCAAUCACGACUGCGCACCAAAUGCCAUCUUCACUUUCAACAUCCCUUCCUUCUCGAUGGAGAUCCACGCCGUCCGGCCCAUCGCCAAAGGCGAAGAGAUCACGCUCACGUACUGCCACCUUAUGUCCACAACGGCGGAGAGACGGGCGAAGCUGAAGAAGAUCUGCAUCACUUGCACUUGCAAGGCUUGCACCGAUCCUGUGGAAGCGGACGAGGAAAGAGAGCGCGUGGUGAAAGCUCUCUUACCCAAGACGUCGCAAGGCAUCGCGCAUGCCGAAGCAGUCCUCUCCGCAUAUGAAGCCACGGGCUUGCAGAGCCAGGCACGGUACAUUGAGCUUCUGCAACGCGUUGCGCAGAUCCAGAGGAAGAAAGGGAGCAAGGAGCGCGCGGACGAGCUCGACAAGUUGGCAGAUAGGAUCAUACUCGCUCAGAAGGGGCGGAGUUACAAGCCCGAGCCUGCAGAGCCCAAGCCCAAGCCCGCCAAACCGAAUGCGCCUGAACCCAACGUCCGGUGGAUACCCGUCGGGUCCGAGGACGACAUGAUGAGACUCAUCAUGAGUGAGCCUGACGCGGAGGCGCGCGGCUUUUUGAUGGGCAUGUUUAGGCAGGUCAUGGAUAAGGCGCGCGAGCGCGAGUCGCGCUGA